AUGCCCUUCGGCCUCGACGACUGGUUCAUCGUCGCCUCGGUCGUCGCCACGACGCCCAGCAUCUUCGUCAACGUUUUGGGGACGACGUCCAACGGUCUGGGCCGCGACAUAUGGACGCUGUCGCACGACGACAUCACGGACACGCUCAAGUUCUUCUGGGCUGUGUGCGUCUUGUAUUUCCUGGAGACGGCCCUGACGAAACUCUCCAUCAUAUGCUUCUACAUCCGCAUAUUCCCGUCGGCCAAAGUCCGGCGCGUCCUGUGGAUAACGUUUGGCAUCACUGCCGCUUGGGGGGUCGCAUUUGUGAUCUGCGGCAUCUUCCAAUGUCGACCUAUCAGUUUCUUCUGGACUCAUUGGGAUGGUUUGCACGAUGGUCAUUGCGUCGAGCCUAAUGCGAUCGCAUGGUCCAAUGCCAUCACGAACAUCGCGUUUGACCUUUGGAUCCUCGCCAUUCCUCUCUCGCAGCUGCGAGGCCUGCAGCUCCAUUGGAAAAAGAAGGCCGGCGUCGCCAUCAUGUUCUGCCUGGGGACUUUCGUCACGGUCGUGAGCAUCCUGCGACUACAGGCUCUCGUGUACUUUGCGUCCACAACGAACGUGACGUGGAACUUUUACGAUACGUCUCGGUGGUCGACGGUGGAGAUCUGCCUGGGCAUCGUGUGCACAUGUCUCCCGACCGCACGUCUCCUGCUGGUGAGGCUGUUUCCCAGCCUGGGCGGAACGUCACAACGAAGACCCAGUGCAUAUCACUUUCAGGAUAUCGAAGCAGAUCGCCAUCAUGGUCACAAGGGUGGUGUGAUGGUGGCAGCCAGAAGCUCAGGAUUGGGCGGCCAAUAG